AUGUCUGGAGUUCUUCCAACCAAUCUAUGUCAUACAUCUCCCUCUCUUAAAGAACUUUACCUUGGCAUGAAUUCAAUCUCUGGACUAAUACCAAACUCCAUCCCAAAUUGCUCUCAACUCACAAUACUCUCAAUUGGUGAUAACAAAUUCAGUGGUUAUAUACCUACCGAUCUCGGAAACCUAAGGCUUCUCGAAAGCAUUAGACUGUUAAGCAACAAUCUUACAAAUGCACCGUCCUCUCCAAACAUGGGCUUCCUUACAUCAUUGUCAAACUGCAGGUCUUUAACUCAUUUGUCUAUUUCAGAUAAUCCUUUAUACGGCGUCAUUCCAUCUUCGGUCGGGAAUUUAUCUUCCUUGCUCGAACGAUUCUCUGCCGGCCGUUGCAAAUUAAAUGGCACCAUUCCUGAUCAAAUAGGUGAUUUAAUAGGCUUGACGGUAUUGGCGUUAGACGAGAAUGAGUUAUCUGGUAAUAUUCCCCUUUCCAUCAAACAUCUGCAUAAGCUUGAAAGAUUAUAUCUUGUUGAUAACAUGUUGCAAGGCCCCAUUCUAAAGAUGAGUAACUUAGGAGCAGCAAUAUCUAGAGAUCUGUCCAUGAAUCAGUUGUCAGGGUCUAUUGCUAGCUCCAUUGGAAAGUUACAGAGUUUGGCUAAUCUGUCUUUGGCAAAUAAUAGUUUAGAAGGUUCUAUUCCCGUUUCCAUGGGAAACAUGAUAAGUUUGGUGACUCUUGACUUGUCUCACAACAACCUCUCUGGCUCAAUUCCAAAGUCAUUGGAAGCACUUCAACACCUAAACUACUUUAAUGUCUCUUUCAAUAAUUUGAGUGGAGAAAUUCCAAGUGGUGGUUCUUUCAAAAUCUUCACUGUGGAUUCUUUUAAGGGAAAUGUGGCAUUGUGUGGAAUUCCGAGGUUCCAUGUCCCAAUUUGCCCUGAUGUUUCUGAUCACAGAUUGAAGAGGAAAAAGAAGGUACAAGUUUUAUUUAUUGCUUUUGGGGUCGUGGCUUUCAUUUCAAUUGUUUGUCUAGCUUUUAUCUUUGUCAGAUACAAAAGGAAAGAUAAGAAAGUUCGAGAAGUUGUUGAGAUGAUAUCCAUUGUGCCCGAAAGAAUCUCUUAUUAUGAACUUAUGCAAGCAACUGAACAAUUCAGUGAGAGCAAUUUGCUUGGCACUGGGAGUUCUUGCUCUGUGUACAAAGGAAUUCUUAACAAUGGGAAGGUUAUCGCUGUCAAGGUGUUUAAUCUUCAUUUGGAAGGUAUUUCAAAGAUAUUUGAUGUUGAAUGUGAGAUUCUUUGUAGCAUUCGACAUAGGUGUCUGAAUAGUGUCAUAAGUUGUUGUUCCAAAGAAGAGUUCAAGGCAUUAGUGCGUGAAUAUAUGCCCAAUGGAAAUCUUGAGAAAUGGUUACAUUCCGACAACUAUUUCUUGAAUUUCAUGGAAAGAUUGAAUAUAAUGAUCAAUGUUGCAUCGGCUUUGGAGUAUCUUCACGGUGGGUAUUCGGCGCCUAUUGUCCAUUUUGGGAUAGCAAAGUUGCUAUGCGAUGGAGAUAGCAUGGUGUUAACCAAUACCCUAGGAACAUUGGGUUACAUAGCUCCAGAGUAUGGUUCAGAAGGAGUAGUCUCUACAAGGUGCGACGUCUAUAGCUACGGUGUGAUGUUGAUGGAAGUCUUUACUAGAAAAAAGCCAAGUGACAACAUGUUUGUUGGAGAUCUAAGCUUGAAGACUUGGAUUGAAAGGUUGGUUCCAGAAUUCACAUAUCAAGUUAUAGAUGCCAACUUAGUUAUGAAUGUUGAUGAAGAACAAGGCGAUAAAAUCGUGGAUUUCACAUCAUCCAUAUCAGAGUUGGCCUUAAAGUGUUGUGCAGAUCCUUCUUAUGAAAGGACUACUAAGAAAGAUGCUCUGGCUGAGUUGCAAAAAGUCUAA